AUGGGCUUUAACUAUCUUGAUAUUCUUGCUAUUUACCACCCAAGGUAUUAUAAUAAUGGGUUUCUUCCUACUUGUCUUGAUUUAUUCUUCCAAUCUCAUCCAAAAAUGCCAAACGUUCCUUUAAGUGCUGAUUUAUUUAUCUCUUCUAAACAACCAAUCCAUGAUAAUGAUUUGCCGUCCAUUAUUCCAAAUACUACUAUUCCUUCUGGAAAUACUGAAAACGUUAUUAACAAAACUACUCACAAAAAUAAGGAGUCUAUUAUUAGAAACAGUGAAAAUCAGGUACCAAUUAAUACUAAUGAUGCCCUUUCCUCUAGUCCCCAAAACGAUGACCAGAUGAUUGUAGAUGAUGAUGAGACAUUAGAAGAAGACAACGAAGAUGUUCGUGCAUUGAGACAAUUACUUGCACUAGAAAAGAAACAACAAGAAAAGAAAACGAAAAAGCCAAAAAGAACUGUUUCUUCUUCUGAAAAAUCUAAGAAAACACUUUCUAAACAAAAAAGAGUUAGUGAUUCAGAAGAAGUUUUAUUUAUACCUGAUUCAUAUGUCCCUCAAUCUAAAAUACACACUAGAAGUUCUACAAGGCAUAAAGCUUCUCAGAAUAUUUAA